AUGACGUUCACUUCCAAGGCGCUGCUGGUUGCAGCUGCUCUACCACUCGCACUCGCCGACGGAGACUGGGAGCCUACGGCGGCCGACUACGCAGCAUGGGCAGAGAACUGGAACAUGUGCAAAUACACUGCCUGGACCUGGGCUGCCAUUGUGGGUGUGAUGCUGGUUUACCGCUGGACCACAGAACUCCUGCACCACAUUCGCCGGAUAGCGAACCUGAACCACGGCACUUCGAGCGAUAGCAAGCAAAAGUACUUCACCAUCCCUGACGAGCGAUGGGCGAGCUUCAAGCGCAACUUCAUCGUCGCUCCACUGCUACGGAAAAGACACAACCGCGAGUUCAAGCUCUCAGCGGCAAUGAAUGUUGGUACUCUCCCAGGACGAGCUCAGACUUUCUUCCUGGUUGGCUACCUUGUCAUGAACGCCGUUACAUGCGCAAUGCACAUCAACUGGCAUGGAGACACGCUGACCUGGCUCGGCGAUGCCUGCGACCGUACGGGCACACUCUCUGUGCUCAACAUGAUCCCGCUCUUUGUUCUUGCCGGCCGCAACAACCCGCUCAUCUGGCUGCUCGGAAUCAGCUUUGAUACUUACAACAUGAUCCACCGCUGGAUUGGUAGGAUUGUUGUCCUCGAGGCCGUCCUUCACGGCGCUUUCUGGAUGGCCGAAGAGGUUGUUGAAGACCCAGAGAAGGGCUGGGCCGCGAUCAAGGGCGCCAUGGCUGCCAGCCCGAUGAUCCUGACCGGCACUAUCGGUGUCUGCGCUUUCAUCGCCAUCCUUUUGCAAUCGCCAUCGAUUGUUCGCCAUGCCUUCUACGAGACGUUCUUGCACGUUCACAUUAUACUCGUCAUUACAUCGCUCGUCGUGCUCUGGAUGCAUCUGGAGGGACUGCCACACCAGAAGCAACUCUUACUACCAGUCAUCAUCUGCUGGGCCAUUGAGCGAUUCGCACGCAUCUGGUCCCUCGUCCGCCGCAACAUCGGCCGUGGUGUCACCAAAGCCGAAGUCGAAGCCCUUCCCGGCGAUGCCGUCAGAAUCACCCUCCGCGUCGCCAAUCCCUGGAAGUUCCGCCCCGGCCAGCACGUCUACAUGUACAUGCCCUCGGUCGGCCUCUGGACCAGCCACCCCUUCUCCCUCGCCUGGAGCCAGGAAGUCGACCGCCUCGGCAGCGAAAAGAGCCUCCCCUCCGCCCGUCAAGACGUCCUCGGCACCCGAACCACCAGCAUGUCCCUCAUCAUCCGCCGCCGCACCGGCUUCACCGACACCAUGUUCGCCAAAGCCGAGCGGUCACCCGGCGGCAAAUUCAUGACCACCGCCUACGUCGAAGGCCCGUACGGCAGCCAGAGCUUCCAAUCCUACGGCACCGUCAUGCUCUUCGCCGCCGGCGUCGGCAUCACGCACCAAGUCCCGCACGUCCGCGACCUCGUCGCCGCCUACGCCAACGGCACCUGCGCCACGCGCAAGGUCACGCUGGUCUGGAUCAUCCAGUCCCCGGAGCACUUGGAGUGGAUCCGUCCGUGGAUGACGCAGAUCCUGGGCAUGGAGAAGCGGCGCGACAUUCUGAAGAUCCUGCUCUUCAUCACCCGUCCUCGGAGUACCAAGGAAAUCCACUCUCCUAGUUCGAGCGUGCAGAUGUUCCCGGGCAAGCCGGACGUCGGGGCGUUGAUUGAUAAGGAGCAGGCGCAGCAGGUCGGCGCGAUGGCGGUGAGCUGUUGCGGGACGGGGAGUAUGAGUGAUGAUUUGCGGCGGGCGAUGCGGGAGAGGUGUGAGAAGACGGAGAUGGACUUUUUCGAGGAGGCUUUCUCGUGGUAG